UAGAAGUUGUUUAUUCAAGUUUCCAUCAAGUAGUGAGGUACUGUAAAACUGUUAAUUAGGGUCUAGGGAGUAAAGAGGUUAAGAAAAAAAGGGCAGUUGGAACUCGCGGGUCGGCGGUGAAUCAGUCCGGUUCCAUGCGUUCAGACGCCCUGCGCCGCCUCAUCACUUCACUGAAGAGGAGUCGAGUCGGUUUAUAAUUCACCGGACAUGAUGAGAACCCGAAGCAACUCCAAGCGUCGCAAACAAUCCCCUGCCGAAGGAGUGGUGGGUAGCAGCUCUCAUAUUGAUUCAGAACGACAAAGCAGGCUUUUAGUUGAAGAGAAUGAGACUCUAGAAAACAUAUCACGAGAUUCAUUGGAGAAGCUUAUCAAGAAAGCAAAGUCACGUGGAGGUUCUCGAUUCUCAAAUGCUGAUGAUACUUACCUGCGUCAAUGUGAUUCUACAGGAAAGAACUCGAGUGAAUCACCAUGUAAGGAGAAACAAACAACAAGAACUGCAUUUGAUGCUACUUCUGAUGGAAUGAGCAUAGGGCAAGACACUCCACAAAAAAUGGAAGCUGGAGGAAGAAAUACUCAUCAUUUGAAUCCUGAGAUUGAAGAUGACGAUGAUCUGGAUUGGGAAGAUGGGUCAAUUCCUAAUUUAAAUUCAGAAAAUAAUGGAGUAAGGGUCGAGUUUGAAGUUCCUGAAGAUGCUUCCAAGCAUCGCAAGACUGCGCGUCGUGCCACUGCUGAAGAAAAGGAUUUGGCUGAGCUCAUACAUAAGGUUCAUUUGCUUUGUUUGCUUGGGAGGGGGAGGUUGAUUGAUUGUGCUUGCAAUGAUCCUCUCAUUCAGGCUUCUUUACUUUCACUUCUCCCCACUCACGUGUUGAAGAUAUCAGAUUCAACGAACCAUACUGCAAAGUCUCUAUUCUCUAUCGUUAAUUGGUUCCACAAACAUUUUCGCAUUAGAAGUUCAAGUGCCACUAAGGAAUCAAUACAUUUAGCCAUGAGAUCUACUCUUGCAUCUCAGGAAGGGAGCCCUGAAGUGGUUACUGCUUUGUUUGUGGCACUGAUCAGGGCUCUAAAUAUUACAGCUAGGUUUGUAUGCAUGUUGGACGUGGCCCACCUGAAGCCUGGCAUGGAUGAACCUGAUUUGUCUAGAAGGGCAGACAAUGAUAUCUUUAAAGCCUCAACAUUGAUGGUUGCUGGAUCAAGUCAUGCUCCUGAAUCUCCUUCAAGACAUCUGGCAUCUAGUGACAAUGGUAGUGCUUGCGGAACUUCGUCAAGGUUCCCAAGUUCCAAACAGACCCCAACUGAUGGAAACAAACCUAAGGGUAGGAAGUCAUUGGGAAAAACAUCUAAAUCCAGUGAUUCAUCUCGUACCGAUACUUCGAAGCAUAGAAUGUUGGAUAAGUCAGAGUUGGAGGUUCAGAAUGAUAUCAGUGAAACAUGUCCUACACAUAGGGGAAAAUCAAAGAGAAAAGGUGAUCUUGAAUUUGAGUUACAGUUGGAAAUGGCGCUUUCUGCAACAGCAGUUGAAAGGUCUAAGGAAACUUUUGUCCCAAAUGUGGUAGAUGCACAAAACACUUCAUCAUCAAAUCUUUCACCUCACAAAACAAUGAAGAAAAUCAUAGCAGAAGGUUCACAUGGAAUUUCUACUGCAAUUGGAUCAAAAAAGGUGGGAGCCCCGUUGUACUGGGCAGAAGUCUAUUGCAGCAGUGAGAACUUGACUGGAAAAUGGGUACAUGUAGAUCCUGUGAAUGCAAUUAUUGAUGGUGAGCAAAAUGUUGAAGCUUCUGCUGCUGCAUGUAAAGUUCCUUUAAGAUAUGUUGUUGCUUUUGCGGGAAAUGGAGCUAAAGAUGUGACCCGCAGAUAUUGCACGAAAUGGCACACAAUAGUGUCCAAAAGAGUCAACUCUCUGUGGUGGGAUGCAGUAUUGGAACCGUUGAAGAAGUUGGAGGCAGGAGGAGCAAGUGGAAAUGAGACUAUAGAGGCAGUGAAAGGAGUCUGUCAUUCAGAGGCAUUCAAAGAAUGUGGUGAUGAGAGGAGAUCCUCGCAGUCAGCUUCAGUGGCUUCCUCUAUUAUCGGUGCAUCAAGGAGUGAUCUAGAAGAUAUGGAGUUAGAAACUAAGGCAUUAACUGAACCACUCCCUACAAAUCAGCAGGCUUACAGGACCCAUCAUAUAUAUGCUAUUGAAAAAUGGCUUAACAAGUAUCAAAUGCUUCACCCGAAGGGACCCGUCUUGGGUUUUUGUUCAGGUCAUCCUGUAUACCCACGGACUUGUGUCCAAACGCUCAAUACAAAGCAAAGGUGGUUGCGGGAGGGCUUGCAAGUGAAAGCUAAUGAAGUCCCAGCUAAGGUUCUAAAGCAUUCUCAAAAGCAAAGAAAAGCAGUAGUUGUGGAUGAUGAUGAGAGUGGUGAAGGUGAUUCAGGUGGAAUUACUGCACUCUAUGGACGAUGGCAAACGGAACCAUUGUAUCUUCCCCCUGCAGUCAAUGGCAUUGUCCCCAAGGUAUGUUUGGAUCAUGAAAACUGCUUGGAAUGGAAAAUAUGGCAAAAAAAGGUUAUCUUUCUAUGUAUGUCUUUGCAUGGGAAAUGCUAAGAAAAUAGAAUAUGAAUUCUUUUUUUUUCCUUUCAAUUUUUUACAUGUAUUGAUUUCCCAGUCCAAUGAAAGCAGCCUCUUUAU